AUGAUCAGCAAGACAUUGCAUUGCAAGUGUGAAAAUAUGACUAAGAUUGGCAACUAUCUUGUAUCCAUCCAAUUUAGUUCAAUUAUUAUUACUCAACCCGAAUGGGAGAUUACUCAUCUUGUAACCACUCAAUCGGUUUUAGAGAAGCCAUGGCAAAAGUCGCGCAUCACCUCGUAA